AUGUAACUUCAGGCCGCGGUUUUUUCUGUUUCCUUCUCUCGCUCGCUCAUCUCGCCGCUUUGAUCUCUUCGUUAGAUCCAAGAAGAAGUUCAAUAUCGCCAAUCCCACCACUGGGGUGCCAGAAAAAGCUCGAGAUUGACGACGACCAGAAGCUCUCAAUAAAACAAAAACAAAACAUUUCCCUCAAUUGGAAACCUAGGUUCUGAGUUCUGAGUAGCAGUCAUCUCCUCCUCUUUCCCCCUCUCUCUCGUGAAAAGAGGAAGGAGAUGAAGGCGGUGACCGGUACUGUGACCUCAUCGAAACCGAUUUCUCUGUCUAAAGCGUCGGCGGCCCUCUCCCGCUUCGCCGUCGGCGACAACGGAGCUCGCCGCGAGAUCUCCGCCUAUUUGAAGCGCGUGUCCAACGCUUACCAAGAUCUCGUUCAGGUGCACCAAGAGCUGAGGUCCAUAAGGAAGGGAGCAGGCGUCGAGAUCAAGCGAGAGGUUGAGGAUGAAGACAAAUCGAGUAAGAGGAGGAAGGAGGAACAUCAGGAUCCAAACCCUGAUCUUUCUGUCAAUCCCUUUAUUGUUAAGAAAGGUGAGAAUGACCUUCUUGGGUUGACUGAUGUUGAGAAGCCAAGGAUAAGAGGACCUAAGAGGGCCUCCAAAAUCCGUAAGUUGUUCAACCUCUCUAAGGAAGAUGAUGUUCGCAAGUAUGUCAACACUUACCGUAGGACCUUCACUAACAAGAAAGACCCUGGUCCGGGCAUUAACAGCUACUGCAACUCCAGAAAUGGUGUUAGUCUAGUUGGCGAUACUUUCGCCAAACGCUACUACUACAUUCUCCCUGCUGCAAGUGCGACACUGAAAACAUAAUCUGCCAACUCAGGACUCUGACGAUAUCAUUUUCGACACGUGGUCGUGCACCCUCCUGCGGUUCCUCCUGAUCUCUCCGGGCCUCCCCGACUGCAGGUCCCCCAUCAUCAUCAUCCCCUCCACAAACGCCGCGAAAAAGGCCGCCUCGUCGACGCUGAACCUCAACACCACAUUCCCUCGUCUCCUCGCUCCCCCCGAGAACAGCGUCUGAUCCGAAUUCAAGAUCCCCCUCCCCCGAACCAAAUCCCUAAAGUACCGGUUGUCUAACGCCACCUGCGUCAAGUCCAUACCCUCGGUCACGUUCCCGUCCCCGUUGGCCGGACACUAAGGCGGUUAGAUGAUGGC